GGCGCGGCGCGGCCGGUCGGGGCGGGCGGGCGGCUCCGAGCGCUCGCAGGGCAGCGGGAGGCGAGCGGCCGCCGGUCCCCGGGCGGAGGGAGGAGAGGCGAGCGUGUGCGGCGGCCGCCAUCCGCCUCGCGAAGGGAGAGGCACCCGCCGGCAUGGGGCAGCGCGGGGAGAGGGCGCCCUGCCCGCUCCCGCUCCUCCUGCUGCUGCUGCUGCUGCUCGCUUUCUGCAGAGGACGUAUUGUGAGGGUGCCCAAAGGCCCUCUUAUUCGAGUCGUGGGCACGGAGGUGGUGAUCCCUUGCAGCGUUAGUAACUAUGAUGGACCCAGUGAACAGAACUUUGACUGGGAGUUCUCCCGUGACACUGACUUCUUGAGGAUAGUGAGUACCUGGGAUUCUACAUUCACCUCUGACGAGUACCAAAAACGUGUGGGCCGCGGGGAUAUCAAACUGAGACGGAGCAGCAACGAUGCUGUGGAACUUGUGAUUAGAAACAUCCAGCCAACUGACCAAGGGAUAUACAAAUGCUCCACGCCAAGCACUGAUGCCACUGUUCAGGGAAAUUAUGAUGCUGAGGUCCAAGUGAAAGUGAUUUCUGAUGGCUUAUUGGUGAGUGGUUCAAAAGCACGUUCCUCAACAUCUCUCAAGCUGUCUGAGGGUGACUCCUUCAAGUUGCGCUGCUCAGCAAUCACCACCUCACCAGAGCACACUCACCUACAUGUGACUUGGCAGAUCAAGAGUGGAUUGUCCUGGCGGGACAUCCUAUCUUUAACUCAUGAAGGCAAAUUCCAGCCUGGCCCUGGCUAUGAAGAACGCUACCGUAAUGGAGAUAUCCGCUUGGACACAGGAGCAAAUGACACAUAUCAAUUGUCUGUGUCCCAGGCCUCGUCAGUAGAUGGGGGUGUCUACAGGUGUCUUGUGAGCGAGUGGGUGAGAGGGGCAGACAGCUUAUGGCAGAAGAUUCAGGAGAAGAGCGUGGAGAUAGCAAGUGUGGAAAUCCAGCGGACCGCUCUAGAUGUGCUCAUCUCAACAAGCAAUCUGUCUGUGACUGAAAGAGACUCCCUGGAUCUUACCUGCAACAUCACAACAGACAGGAGUGGUAUUUUCCAAGCCGAGGUGACGUGGUAUUUCUCUGAGUCACCUGAUGAUACCUUGUCAGAUGCUCAAGUUCUGUUGAGCAUGGAUCAUGAUUCUGUUGUCAGUGAUUCAACUCUUAUCAGUCUGAGCCAUGUAGAUAGGAACUCCUAUCGCCUGUUGGUGCGUGAUGUGGAUGUGGAAGACUCUGGGUACUACUUCUGCCAAGCAGCUGUCUGGGUGCCACUGCACAACGGGAGCUGGCAUAAAGUGGUGGAGAGGACGUCUGCACCAGUCAGUGUGGUGGUGACAGCAUUAGAGCCAGAUUAUGAGGUGUUUCUGAAUGCUUCCAAAACACCCAAAUUUUCAGAUGACCCCACAGAGCUGGAGUGCAGGAUCACAAACGUACAGGACACCGAAGCAAACAUCCGCUUCACUGUUUCCUGGUACUACAGGCGGCACUUGCGCAGUGAUGAUGUGGUGGCAGAGGAACUUCUGGCCACAAUGGAUGCAGACUGGACUCUGCUGCUUGGGGACAGGAGCAGAGAGAGGACUCAAAAUGGGGAAAUAAUCUUCUCCAAAAAGGCUGUUGACACCUUCAGUUUACGGAUCCAGUGGACUUCAGAAAAUGACAGAGGGGAUUAUUUCUGUGUCAUCUCUGCCUGGAGUCGGCACCGGAACAACAGCUGGAUAAAGAGCAAAGAUGUGACUUCUGCAUCUGUCCCCAUUUUAUGGGCUACACAAGAUUACACACUGACGGUGGAGGCGGUGAAACUGAAGCCGUUCUUUGUGGCAGGCCAUACCUUUGAGAUGACGUGCAAAGUGUCUUCAAAAAACAUCAAGACGCCACGCUAUUCUGUCCUCAUUACAGCAGAGAAACCACUGACAGAUCAGUCAAAUCCCAAUGGAACCACUCGCAUCAUUUCCUUGAACCAGGAUUCAGUGGUGCGGCUGGAAGACUGGACAGACCAGACUCGUGUGGAUGGCGUGGUUCUGGAGAAGGUCCAGGAGAAUGAAUUCCGCUACAGGAUGUAUCAGACCCAGAUUUCAGAUGCUGGGCUGUAUCGCUGUGUGGUGACCGCCUGGUCUCCAGGUGGCGGUGGCAUGUGGCGUGAAGCAGUGAACGGCUUGUCCAACCCUAUCCAGAUAGACUUCCAGACAUCAGGUCCUGUGUUUAACGUCUCGGUGCAUUCUGACAACCUGACGAUUUACCAAGGUGAACUGGCAGAUUUGCUCUGCAUCAUCACAACAGAUGGAAUGACACUAGAGCCAGAUGAUAUGUCCUUUGAUGUCUCCUGGUUUGCCGUGCGCUCCUUUGCGUUGGACAGAGAGCCUGUCUUGCUGGCCUCUGUGGACAGGAGAGGGAUCGUGACGCAGAGCAGGAGAAAUGGGAGCAGUGAUCUGAGCCUGGAGAGAAUCAGCCCACUGGAAUUCCGUCUCCGCAUUCAUGGCUGUGAGGAUCAUGACUUUGGGAACCACUACUGCGUAGUCACCCCGUGGGUACGCUCUGCCACUGGUGUAUGGCAACGGGAACCUGACAUCAAAGCCAAACCCAUCUUUCUAUCUGUGAAAAUGGAUGUUCUAAAUGCUUUCAAGUAUCCCCUAUUGAUUGGCAUCGGUCUGGCAACUGUCAUCGGACUCUUAUCCUGCCUCAUUGGCUACUGCAGCUCCCGUUGGUGCUGCAAGAAGGAAGUGCAGGAAACAAGACGAGAGCGUCGCCGGCUGAUGUCGAUGGAGAUGGACUGAGUAUGGGAGCCAGGCACGCUUGCGUUUUGGGAGAGACUCACAGGGCUCUUGGACUGUGCUGAGACACUCAUUCACAGGCCCAGACAAGACAGUGCUUUUCCUCUCUGGAUUCAGCCUGGACCUCAAGCUUCUCCUUGUUACACGUUAUGUCCUGAGAGCUUUCAGGCCAUACCUAGUGACUCAAGAGUUCUCCUUUCUCCAGCAGCACUUUCUGCAUAGAGAUCACGUCCUUCUAAUGUACGAACUGUUGAGCCUGCUUUCAGCAGGGCCCUGUGACAAAAAUUCACUACGUGGUUUUUUCUUUUAUAUUUUGUUUUUAUCCCUCUUGGUUUUGAAAAGAUCUUCCACUAUGAAAACAUGUUGAGGAGUGUGGUGUGUGGGAAGGGACUGGUGAAACUGUUAGACUUCCUUUGUAUUAACCAAUCUACUUUUCCCCUCUACCCCCAGUGCAGCAUCCUGUCUGAUUUUUCUCUCCCCCUUGGUUUCUCACAGACUUCUUAGUGUUGCUUGAAGGCUGGAAAAGGGUAUUCCACUGGAGUCUCAAGAGGCUGUUCCAGAAAAUAAUUGAUUUUUGGUUGUCAGCAUACCUUCUCUUCCCCAGCUUUCAAAGAAUUUACAAUUAAUCUGAAAACAAAAUUUGCCUGGAGGUCUUUGAGAUGCUCUUCUUAAGGUUUUAUUUUGUUUGUUUUUUCUAAUUUUCAGUACUCAGAGCUCUUAUCUGUGGUGAACAGGGGCUAACUUAGCAACCCUGAAGAGUCAAUCCUCAGACAAGCAUUUGUUGGAUGACUGCUUGUGGCCACCCUCUCCCCAACCCUUCCACCUUCUUUUCUCCCCACUACAGCUGCUCACGACGUGCCUCAGCCACUGCUCUGCUUGUAGCAGGAGGACAACAUGGUGUCAAGAGACAAGGCCCAGCCUUCUGCUGGCCUUGACAGGGAAGUAGGAGAGCUUGCACUGCUGGUGCAGCAUGAGUAAUGAAAAAAACAUGAGAUGGAUCUUUUUCUGCAGUGGACCAACUGGUCACAUUUAGAGGAGACCUGUAAACUGUCACCAAAUGGACAGACCAGAUUCCAGUGCUACUUCUGCCAGUCACUCAGUGGUAACCCUUGAACCUGUGAGUAGUCUGAGAUCUGCAGUAGCUCAGGGUAGGAAUAUAAGCAAGCCCAAGAGGGCAGCAAAACCCUUCAGGUUCCCACGAUCUUGGUCUUGUGCAUGGGCCUGCAGAGAGGAUUUCCCCAAGAGGCUGAGGCUUAUUCCUAGGUGCUAUAGUAUAAUGAGUCCUGCUUUGGUCUUCCACGUUCACUGACUUGGCUCCUGGUGGGGAGCAACUUCUUUUCCAGGCGGUUCUGUCUUUCCAGCAUAGCUGGUAUUUUAAGCAAUAAAAGUCAGAAUUAAGAUACUGUAUAUGAGAAGGUAGGACUGUACCACAACCUAACGUCACAACCAGGGUCUGGCUUGCAUCAGGAAGGGUGGGAAAUGUAGAGAUAAGGCCAGGGCUCAAUCCUUUACUGAUUUUUAUAGGAUAAAAUGAAAGAUGUUGGAGGAUGGCACCCACAGAAAGUAGUGGUUGUGGUAUGCCAAUCUAGACACUAGUUAUGUACUAGACAAUCAUCUUCACUAAUAGCUCGUCCCAGUAUAUGUACCUGGGGAGCUGCAGGUCUAACAUCUGUGCUAUAAUGACCUCAGUUCACAUUAGUUUGUGAAAUCUUUCACUCACCCACUCAACACUGCUGCUAUUUCCAAACUAUUGCAGUAAGAUUGAUGGUGUGUUUUUUUCUUGUCUUGUGUGAUGACCUUUUUCUGAGGUCAGUGUGAAGGUUUUUUCUAGAAGGCUGUGUUCUGCUUCCAGCAUGUGAACAUGCAUGCAGUCACGUUGUUGGUGGGUUAACUUUGGCUUUAUAUACAUACACACACACAGGUGUCUAAUGAUUUUGGGGAGCUGAAUGUCAGACAUCUUUAACGUGAAUUUGAUUUGCGGAGAUGAAGUUUGCAACUAAUUAUUUGACUGCUUGAUAUUUCAUGUAGAAUUCCAAAGCUGAGACACCUGUGAACCUCUAGAGGACUUUGACCAAAACGUUCAUGGCAGUUUCUCUUUCUGGCCCAAUAGUUUUUUGUUUGUUUUUCCUCUUGAAGAGCUCUGAAAGGGCCUAUGUUGCAGACAGAUGUAGCUGCCUUUGCUGAGGUAUGGGGCAGAAGCAGUCUACCCUCCACUGUGAAAGCCCAGAAAUCUUUAGUGAUGCUUUCCAAAGAAGGGGAGUUGAAGAAAUAAUUUACUCAUAUCCCUUCAACAGCAACGUUUUUGUUCUUUUCAUUCCUGGCUACUGUAGUGAAAUCUUUCUUUUCCUUGGCCAUUGUGGAACACCAUAUGGACGUCUGGGAUGCUGGCUGUCUUUCCCACACUGAUCUAAGCAGCUUCUUUCCUGCGUUAACAUCUGCGUUCUUCACAGAAGGCCUGUGGAAUCGGGGUGUUUUGGCUGUGGGGGUUGGUAGUGAUGGUGAAGUUCAAAGCACAGCAUCAGUCACUUGCUGUCCUGGCAGGCUGACUCCUUAUUUAUGUGCUCUUGCUUAAGUUUUAGGGAAAGAGGGUCAUGACUGUAAUGCAAUAAUUAGGGAAUGAGUGAGCAGGGACCUGACAGUUCUUCCCAAGCACACAACGUAGCACACUUUAUCCCUGCCGGAAAAAACUCAGGGUUAUUUUGGUCAGGGCUCCCUGCUUCUGUCGUGAAAGGUCUCUAUGCCCUUAGCCAAUGCUGACCUUCCUUCAUGGCCGAUAACAAACCAUCUUUGUCAUUCCAAGUGAAGCAAGUUCCCUGCUAGCUCCUACUGCUGCCAGCCCCUUGGAAGGCAAUGCUGCAUCCCCUUACACCCUAUAUUUGCUGUAGUUGGAAGGCUAGAAGCUGAGGGGCUAGGCUUACCCCACAGGUUUCCUUCUACUUGUGCCAAUUUUGUACUGUCCCUUUUUUAAAAAUAGAGUGAGAAUCUUGUCUCCAAUGAAAAAGAAAAAAAAAAUGACUUCUGGUCACUUUCAUGUUUUUUACUAUUGUUUCCUGUGUGAGUGAUGGUGUGCGUGCACCUGAUUGUGUAUUAAACCUGCAGAGUAUCGGAAGAGUAAGCUGCCUGAGAUGCAUUGCAAGCAUCCAUAUCCUCUCAGCUGCAACCUGUGGUAUUGUCUAAGUAUCCUAAGGGCUCGUGUUGAUCUUCCUCUGUUCACAUUGCCACAUCUCCUGGGUAAGCCGGUAAAUUCCUCCAGGCACUUGGAAUUCGAUCCAGGACAAGCUUGAGCAUAUAGCAGAAGGGCAAGAUGUUUGCUUUCUUUUGUUUUGAUUUCAAAGUUACAAAAUGAAGUGUUUGGCUCAGUUCUGGAAUGCAGGUACCCAAUAGUUCUAACAAGGCUGUGUAAAAUGUUUCUUUUUAUGUUUAAAAUAAAGAGCCUUUUUGAUUAAG